AAACAGAGAUGUUAUCUGAACAUUCAAUUUUGGUCCAAACGUGACGACCUUUUUGAAUAUUUGCAUUGUUAAAAAUUACACUUUCCGCGAAAGAAAUCCGUUUGUGAUGCCCAAACUGUGAUUGGCUGCUGAAGAAUGGUUGAUUUCUAAUCCUUACAAAUUAAAGGAGAGAUUACGUUGCAACACGAGGCAAUUCCCAAAAAAUGAAAAGAUUUCGUAUUGAUAUUUUGCAAGUCCUAAUAGAGAAAUGCGCAUUAGCAUAGCGCUGGGCAAACAAUCUAUUCAGCAGUUUCUAGGUCAACUUCGGUCACCUGCUGCCGCAGACGCUGUUAUCUCGAUUCCGGCUCCUGAUCCAUCUCCUGCCACUGUCCCCGUUCCCAUUCCGGAUUCCUGAUGCCGUAACCUUGAGCCAACACUGACCUAGAAAUGUGUGGACCACCAGCACAGACAAAGGUCAACGGCGGCUGUUGCACUUGUUGGGGCUUUUCCGGCGCCAGCGCCACGCGAUGUCACACGACCGGCGGCUGCUCGGGCGCGUGCUCCAGUUUGAGUUCCAUGGUCCGCUGCAGGCGCUCCAGCGGCAAACAAGUGGGCGGCGGACGUCGCCAGUUUGUCGCCCACGGCGCCGAUUAGAGGCCAGGCCGCCGAUGCUGCCGAAAAGGCUAUAUCAGAUACAUUGAUAUGGAGAGCGAUAGAGUCGAAAUCGCUGCUUGAUGACAGAGGCUUGCUCAUUUGCCGGCCAGCCAGCUUGUCUCUCCUUGUCGCACACUCCCUUGUUCACUUGGCAGCGAUCUAAAUCGCCAGCAUUUCCUACCCCAGUCCCGCCCAGCACGCGUUGCCAGGGGGUGGUUGCUGCUGCAUCUUAUUGGACGGCUGCCGCAGGCGGUAAAAAGGGGUUGAGCGGCGGCAGCGGAGGGCAGGUCGUCCGCUCGACGUGUGCUGCAGAAUCAGUCGAACGCCGCUCGCGCACACGAUAAGUCACGUGCUCAAACUAGCUCCGCUAGCCUUCCGCCGGUCUUCAGCUCUAUCUGCAACUUGCUGCAACAGUGCCACUAGCAACACGCAACACUCGCCCAGCGACAACAGCAACAUCAGCUCCAGCAGCAGCAACAGCAACACUGCACAAGUGUCAAGUGCGCAGGAGCAGCGAAUAAACAGUAGCAAACAAACAAGCCAGCAAUCACAAUGGAUCACAACAUGCACGUGAACGCGCCGUCGCUGCACCACUGGGGCUAUGCCACGGGACCCGCGGUGGUCAUGCCGGGCGCCACCGCCAUCGCCACCACCCCCCAGAGCCACUGGGUGCCGCCGCCGCAGAGCCACCACAGCGCCCACAGCAACCACAGCCACGGCCACAGCCAGGGUCACAGCCACGGACACGGCAGCCUGAAGCGGACGCUCUCCGAGAGCGACUGCGACGAUCUCUACUCCGAGGAGUCCUCCAAAGAACAAAUCUCGCCCAGUGAGCCGGGCAGCUGCCAACUGAUGAGCCGCAAGAAGCGUCGCGGAGUGAUCGAGAAGAAGCGGCGAGAUCGGAUCAACUCCUCACUCACCGAACUGAAACGCCUGGUGCCCUCCGCCUAUGAAAAGCAGGGAUCUGCCAAGCUGGAGAAGGCAGAGAUCCUUCAACUGACCGUGGAGCAUCUGAAGAGCUUGCAAUCUAAAACUCUCGACUCACUGAGCUAUGACCCGCAACGAGUGGCCAUGGACUAUCACAUCAUCGGCUUCCGUGAGUGCGCCGCCGAAGUGGCCCGAUACCUGGUCACCAUCGAGGGCAUGGACAUCCAGGAUCCGAUGCGCCUGCGCCUUAUGUCCCACCUGCAGUACUUUGUCCAGCAGCGCGAGCUAUCGGCCAAGAGUUGCGCCAGUCCGGGUGGUUGGACCCCCGCUCCUUCCAGUUCCUCUGGCUAUCAGCCGAAUUGUGCGGCAGCUCCCUACCAGAGUUACGCGGCGCCAUCGAAUCCGGGUGCCUAUGUGUCCAGCUAUCCGACGCUGAGUGCCUCGCCCUCCCAGCAGACCCAGCAAUUGGGAGGACGAACCAGUGUCUCGCGGACAAGUGGAGCGGGAGUGAACGAAUCCCUGCCCAGCCAUGAUAUUCACUCCGAAAGCAGCAACCAGCAGCAGCAACAGCAGCAGCAACAGCAACAGCAGCAACAGCAACAACAGCAGCAGCAGCAACACCAGCAACAUCAACAGCAACGCACCCAGACAACACCUCAGCCGGCACAGCAGCAACACUACACCCAUGAUCACAGCGUAGUGCAUCCCGAGCAGCAGAUACCCACCUACAUAGAACUGACCAACAGCAACAGCAAUCGUCCAGCUGCCGUGGGAUCCGAGAGCCUCAGCUACAGUGCCGCCCCCCAGUAUCCCGUGAGCGGAGGCCAGGACUACAACAACUCCAGCGUCCUACAAUAUGCCACGCCCAACGGAGCCAAACCCUAUCGACCCUGGGGCGCCGAGAUGGCCUAUUGAUCGAAAAACUUCAAGUUGAAAACAGGAAAUCAGAACAGGAAUUCUAGUCAGAGCAGACCAAGUGUGAUAGUCUUAAAGUUCACAUCCUUCACAGAAAAAAGGGGGGGGAAAAUGCAUUGAAAUUAGCUAGUACCUAAGGCAUAAAUAUUUAAAUUACUCAGUACGAUAAGUUAAAAUGAACCUUUUGUGAAUCUUUUGUAA